ACCCACUUUUACUAUUCUUGUGUUUUGUGGGAAAAAGGGAAAAAAAAUUGAUGCCAACGUUAUGACUGAUUAUUCUUUUCAACCAUACUCUUAUCUUGGAGAUGAAUGGAAGAUAUUUUGCACCAAAAAUCAAUUGAAGUUUGGAGACUACAUCCGUAUCAAAUUUGCACGUGUUAAUAAAAAUCACAUGAUUUGGAAAUGAAUCCUCUUCCGUGUGGUUUUCAUGCGAGGGAGUAAAGUGUUCAUCCAGACCCUUCGAUACUUUUUAAGAGACCGCAUCCGGUCCACAAAAUUAAAAAUAAGAAAAACGCGAAAUUCAGACCGUGAAACAGAAAGUAUCAGUGCUUCUUCCCGCCCCGUUCUUAUCUUACCAACAAGAUAAAAGUUGAACAUAUUGGAUGGUGGUGGUGAUUUGAACCAAAAUGAAUGUGUUAACACCUAAUGUGGUGCAACAACUGUCAUUUUCAUUCUCAAAAUCUUUGUCAAGUUUUGAAUGGCAGAACAAGAGCAAGAAUGUGUUGUCUCUUACAGUGACUGGAACAGAACGACGUUCUCGUUCAUCUGUGAUCCGAAUGGGUGGAGGGCCAAGGACAUACCCAGGCGGGGUGUCCAAGUGGCAGUGGAAGCGUAUGCAAGCCAAGAAGGCUAAGCAGCUCCUGAAAGCACGGCUGUGUCGGGAGCGGCAGAUAUAUGAAAUGAGGAAGAGGGCUGAGCUUCAGGCUGCUGUGUCUGAGCUGGAGAGGCCUUGGGAUGUGGUUGAGAAGCCCCCCAAGUUGUUCUCUAUCAAAGCUGAUGAGCAGCUCAAGGUUUUGGCUGAUAGGUUUCAGAAGCCUGGUGGGUUUGACCUUUGGACUGAAAAUGAUGGACCACAGUUGUUUCAAACCCCUGAUGAGUUGCCUUCUGCAAGGUUCUUUCCUAAAGGGGUUGUUCACAGUAUCAAGCCUUAUAUGAAGGUUACUAGGGAUGAUUUAUUGGAGAGACCAGAUGUUCUAGAAGAUGAUGUUGGUGAAGGGUAUUGGUCAGAGGGUGUUGAUGAUGGUGAGGGCGGUUCUUCUUCUCCCACGAAUUAUGGGAAGAAUGGAGUGAAUGUUGGUGGCCGAAUGAGAAAGAAUGGGAAUGGAAGGAGGUAUUUGUCACAGAAUGUUGGUCGCUCUCAUGAUGGGGAGCAUUCUUCUGCUUUGAGUGGUGGGAGGAAUGAAUUGAAUGUCCGUGGUGGAUUGAGAAAGAAUGAUAAUGGAAGGAGUUAUUUGUCAGAGGAUGUUGAUCGGUCCCAUGAUGGGGAGCAUUCUUCUCAUUUGAGUACUGGGAGGAAUGAAAUGAAUGCUCGUGGUGGAUUGAGAAAGAAUGGGAAUGGGAGGAGGUAUUCGUCAGGGGCUGUUGAUCAGUCCCAUGAUUGGGAGCGUUCUUCUCAUUUGAGUACUGGGAGGAAUGAAAUGAAUGCUCGUGGUGGAUUGAGAAAAAAUGGGAAUGGGAGGAGGUAUUCGUCAGGGGAUGUUGAUCAGUCCCAUGAUAGGGAGCGUUCUUCUCAUUUGAGUACUGGGAGGAAUGAAUCGAAUGUUCGUGGUGGAUUCACAAAGAAUGGGAAUGGGAGGAGGUAUUUGUCAAGGGAUGUUGAUCAGUCCCAUGAUAGGGAGAGUUCUUCUCAUUUGAGUACUGGGAGGAAUGAAUCGAAUGUUCGUGGUGGAUUCAGAAAGAAUGGGAAUGGGAGGAGGUAUUUGUCAGUGGAUGCUGAUUGGUCGGAUGAUGAAGAGCAUUCUUCUUCUUCUUCUUCUUCAAAUUAUGGGCGGAAUGGAUUGAAUGUUGAUACCAGAGCGAGGAAGAACGGAAGUGGAAGGAAGUUUAUUUCAGAGGGUGUUGAUGGGUCGGAUGAUGCAGAUCGUUCUUCUCCUUCACGUGUGAAGAAUGGAGUUAAUUUUGAUGGCAAGUUUGGGAAUAAAGGGAGUGCACGGAGGAUUUUAUCCGAGGAUGUUGAUGCUGAUAGGUCUAAUGGAUCUGGUGAUAUUAGGUCGAGGAGGAAGGGGAGUGGUAGUAGGUUUAUGUCAAAGGAUGUUAAUGGGUCUAAAUCUAUGCAUGCAGGAAGAGAUGGUUCUGGCAGAACACAGAGAGGCGGGAGUAAUUCCAGUGCAGGCAGAAGCUAUGGAAAAUAUCCUAGGAGGAUUUCAAACAAUACUUCACCAAGGGUUAGAGAUCCAGAUUCUGAAGUUUAUGAUAUGGGUUUACAACAAGAUGGAAGUUAUCAAUUCCUACAUAGUACAGAGUGAGCAAUCUGACUCUACAUAUUGGUAAAACUGUGGACUCUUAAUCAAGGGGCAUUCUUACUUAUCAAUGAGUUUUGAUGUUAGUAAUAGGUUUGCUCGAGGAAGAUGACUGAUACUUUGUCUACACUUCCUCAGGUCUUGGAAAAGUAUAUUUUGUAUAUAAUGCAUUUAAUCUUGAAUGAAAACGAUGAAUUUCAA